GCAGAGAUUCGGGUGAUAAGAUAAAGGAUAGUUCUCAGUAUCAGAGCAUUGUUGGUAGUCUGAUAUAUUUAUCGGCUACCCGGCCUGAUAUCUCUUAUGCAGUACAGUUGGUUAGUCAGUUCAUGGCAGAUCCUAGGAUUGAUCAUUUGGCUGCAGUGUAUCGUAUUUUGCGUACCUGCGUGGAACUAAGGAGUUGGGACUCAUGUUCCCAUCGCCUGGGAAGGACACUCUUCGAGCCUAUUCCGACUCAGAUUUUGCUGGUUGUGUUGAUACAAGACGGUCUACGACAAGAUGGUGCGUUCAGUUUGGAGAUUCUUUUAUUUCUUGGGGAUGUAAGAAACAGGACAAGGUGUCCAAAUCAUCUACCGAGGCAGAAUACAGGGCAAUGUCGGAUGUGACUUUUGAACUUACCUUGUUGAGGCGCUUAUUGUGCGAUAUGGGUGUGGAGAUUGCAAGUCCGAUGGAUCUUUUUGUUGACAAUACUAGUGCUAUUCGAAUAGCUGAGAAUCCAGUUCUGCAUGAUCGGACCAAGCAUAUUGAGGUGCACAUGCAUUAUGUUCAAGAUGAAGUCAGAGAUGGAACCAUUGCACUACACUACGUUUGAACUGAAGAUCAGGUGGCAGAUAUACUUACAAAGACAUUUUCUACUAGCCGACACCGUUAUCUAUCUGACAAAUUGAUGCUUGUAACCCGGCAUCAAUUUGGGGGAGGCUGUUAAAUAUUGUCUUUGUAAUAAGUUUGUAUAUUUACGUAGUAUAGUGCUUGAUUAGAUGGGCAUGUUGCAUUAAAAGCCCUCUCGGUCCAUGCACUCUACGUCAGUCCAUGUAGAGACGCGAGGAUGGUUGUGCUAGGCAGCUGAAUAUAGUGGCAGCAAAUCUCUCCGGUAACGGGAUAUCAAAAAUCAUCAGUAAGAUCAGUAGUCGAAGAGCGUUCAAGCUCUUUCGUGGAUUAGUCCUGGGAAACCGGGGAUACCACGUAAAUCUGUGUCUAUUUCCAUUACUGUCUUUGAUUUCAACAUGGUAUCAGAGCCUUCUGUGACCGAAAGGUCUUGUGUUCGAUUUCCAGUGACCCCAUUUGUCAAGCACAUGGUAUUUGGACCUGUGCAAACUUCAAGCCCUUGUGAGUGGCUUUCGUUUGAGGGGGCCUGUUAGUAUGUGGUAUAUGAUCCACGAUUGAACCUCUCCCAACAACUCGAGUUAUUGGGAUCAACUGGUUCUUGACAUAAUCCUCCCAAUUUCUAUGGAGGGUAUUAGAUACAAUAUAAGCCGGGGAUCCAUCCAGCAAAUGGGUAAGUUGUUUGCUGCCGAUUUCCCUUCCAUAUCCGAGAGAAGAACUCUUUCCCUCCAAUGAUUCGAUGGCGGCCAGAGUGAUGGAAAUUAACAUGCAGAGCUCGAAUUGUCAUUCUCACAUUGAGAUGCUUUCAAAAACCUACAUAGGAAACAUGUAGAACCCAACUCCACUAACCUCCAACUCUGCAAUUGCACUGGGAGUCCUUCUCUGAUGCUCCAAAGUUGCAUGCGAAGAAGAAGAGAACACACUGAGCUUAAUUUGCCAAUAUAUGUUUUUUUUUAAUUAUCUCCUUCAUAGUGAUUCUUCGUGUGAGACUAAUACCUCACUUGAAUGGGGAGAAUAUUACUCAAAAUUUCACCUCCGCUUCAUUCACAUUCUUCUUCCUCUCGCUAUCUCUAUCCAAUGCAUAAGAAGAUUUUUGGGAUGACUAAGAGAGAGCAACAAAAAGUAAUGGGAUAACAGGGAAAAGGAUAAGGGAAAUCAAGAGGAUGAUGUUCAUUUGUUGCAUGAGAUGAAGGUUACACGCAUGGUUGUCAUGCCGGUGGCAUGUCACCCGAUUGAACCUGGUUCAACCUGUGCCAGUUAUGAAACCAGUAUGACACCACUGGUAUGACCGGUAUGAUCGACUUAACCAUUCUAAGUAAAAUGACAUCAUUUUAAUGAAUUUAAUGAAUAAAAAAAUUAAUUUAUUAUUCAUUUUAUGAAUGUAAUAGUUAAAAGUUGAUGAUAUUUGUUGGAUUGUAACUAAAUUGUCAUGUUUUAUAUAUGAUUAGAUACAUUGGAUAGUAAUUGUUUUCACAUUUUUUUAAACAGGCAUGAACCGGCACAAACUGGUUAUACCACCGAUCGUACCAUUCCACUUGUCAAACCGGCACAACAAUAUAAACCGGUUUGACAACUUUGCUUGCCCAUUUAUCACCUUUCUUCAUUUUAUUAGUUGCUGCCUCCUUAUUCACCUUCUUGCUUCCUUAAUUAAUUAAUUGAUACCCCCCAUAUGUACAGAGUACAGACUACCCAAUGCUAUAUGGUACCGUCUUAUAUUCAUGUUAUCCAUAGGGAUGAGAUUAUAUAAUGGCUAAUUAUGAAUAAGAGCCACGCAAGGCAAAAUUUGUAUGGGUUAUAAUGGCUAAUUGUGGAGAUAUAUGAAAUUAGAAUUUGAUAAUAUUUUAUUCAUUCCAACUCAUUCGAAUUUGAAAUGUAUCAGAAAACCGAAAAAAACACAUGACUAUCAUGUAGAUAUGUAUUUGAGUCUUAAAAAAAACUAUCAUUGUUUAGCACUUGCGUAGCAUAUUUAUAAACUAAGCAUUUGAUA